AUGUCAACCAAAAAAGCACAGAAAAUCAAUCCCUUAGCGAAACCUAAUGGUUCCCAAACAUCAACCCCAAACAAUAAUGGAGGAAACAUUGAUGAUAACAACAAUCACCUCCCAAAUCAACAGCAAAUGAAUCCUCAACAACAACAUCACCCACAAAUCAAUCCUUCAGCUGCUAUGGGUAAUGUUAAUGGUGGAAUGCCUCCAGGUGGAAUGAUGGGGAACAACAAUAUGCCAAUGAAUGCCAUGAACUUUGGAAUGAACAACCCAAACUUCAGAGCCAUGCCAAAUGCAAAUAUACAUCCUCAGCAGAUGGCAGCAUUACAAGCUCAAGCUCAUUACGCAAAUAUGCAAGACCCCAAUAGAAAUAAUCCACAAUAUCAACAAUACCUUCAACAACUUCAACAACAAAAUCAAAUGUAUAUGCAAAUGCAGAACCAGCAGCUUCAACAACAACAACAGCAACAUCCUCAUCAGAACCCACAAGCUUCAGGGAUAAAUGCUGCUAUCGCUGCUCCCCAGAAUCAGAUGCCUCAACAGUUCCAAGGCCAAAUACCGCAACAACAACAGGCUAUUCCACAACAACAACAACAACAAUUUCCUGGACAGCAGCCGAACCAACAGCAACAACAGCAACAACAUCCACAGCAACAGCAACAGCUUCAGGGUGCUCAUCCCUUUCAACAACCUCAGUCUCAGCACCCAACACCUUUACAACAACAUCAAGUUCAACCUGGUCGCCAACCUCAACAACCAACUCCACAGCAACAACCUACUCCACAACAAGCUGCUACACCUCAGCAACUACCACAACAAGCGCAAAUGGGUGCUCAACAAGGUCCAAAACUAGAUAAUAAAGGAUCAAGAAUGCCUAGUGUGGCACAGGGCCAAAUGCCUCAACAAAGACCAGUCACUGCAGGUGCUUCAAUGAUAAAUAGAGGCCCACAGGGAGUAAUUAACACUGGUAAUAUUCCUCAACAAGGUCAAGCUCCACAACAACAAUCGCAACAACAACCUCAACCACAACAAGCACCUGGACCACAACAACAACAGAAUCCGCAAGCACCAGGUUCAGCAGGCUCGACGGGAUCACAAGGUCCAUUGAAUCAAGCUACAUUAAAUAUCAUGAAUUUUAGAAAACAAAUGUCGAAUUUGGCAACUUUGAAAUUUUUAGAUUUUUGUGAACUGAUAGGUGUAAGGUCUGAUAGUACUAAAAAUAUACUGUAUUGGAGGAAAAUUAUAACAGAUUAUUUUAGUGAGAUUGGUGUUCUUAGGUAUUCUGUUAAAAGUGGUGUUGAUUCAAGACAAUUUGAAUUUAGUGUCCCAAUUAUACCGAGAUUCUUUUUUUCCAUUAUUCAAUCUGGUGUUGUGAGAAUGGAAAUACAACCUGGAUUAUUGAGAACACAAGUGUUGGCUAAUGGUACCACAUAUUUGGAAAGUUCAAGAUGCUGUUUCACUCAUUAUUAUUCAGAUGGUUCUUAUGUGAAUAUUCAUGGUAAUAUUAGAGGUAUACUGAAUCAAAACUUGAAAUUGGAUUGGUUAGACUUCCAAACCCAUGUGUUUAUACCUGGUGUCGAGUGGCCAUCUUUGGAAAAAAUAUUAUCAGAUGAAGCUAAAGUUAAGGAUUUAUUUGCUAAUCAAAAUGAUAAUUCAUCUGCAAAGUCUGCGGAAAGUAAAAGAUUACAACUUUUAACAAACUUUAGAUCAAAUUAUAAAGUUUUCCAUAGUAUGUCCAACUUUGGUUUGCAAGAAAGUGUCAUGAGAGUUAUGCAAGUCUCUGAUGUUAUGGCACACUUGAAAAGUUUGAUGCUGUUUUCAAUUACUUCAGAUACAACAGGCCCUUUGAACUCCCUUGAUGCAUUUGUGAGUCAAUCAUUAUUGGCUAAUAAAGGCAAUAAAAGUGAACAAGAUUUAAAAAAUCCAAAUUCAAGACCUGCUUCAAGUAAACCAGGUGGUGCUGAUGAUAAAAAAUCACCGUUAAAUAUGGCAAACUCACCAGUACCAAGAGGUGCUGGUAAAGUUCCACCGUUAGACAUGUCACAAUCAACAUUAACCAAAAGAAGAAGAAAAAGUAAUCUGGAUAAUGGUCUUUCACCAAAAUCUACAGCUGAUAGCCCCAAAUCGGGCGCCAAAGCUAAUAAAAAAACCAAACGUUAG